GGAAUUGUACACUCACCUCUCAAGAAACAUAGCUUAAAAAGAUAAAAUUUGAAAAUGGCGAUCUUGCUCUCUUUCUUUUUGGUUUUGCUUCUUACUCUUGUAUCAUCAAUCUUUCUUAAGAAGUUACAAAACUCAAAACUCAAUCUUCCUCCUAGCCCCUCAAGUCUUCCUCUCAUUGGAAACUUGCAUCAUCUUGCAGGGUUGCCUCACAGAUGUUUCCAUAAGCUAUCAAUCAAAUAUGGACCGGUGAUGCUUCUUCGACUUGGCUUUGUUCCGGUGGUUGUGAUCUCAUCGAGUGAAGCAGCUGAAGCGGUUCUCAGAACUCAUGACUUGGAAUGUUGCAGCCGACCAAAGACGUUCGGGACAAGAAAACUCUCUUACGGGUUUAAAGACAUCUCCUUUUCACCAUACGGUGCUUAUUGGCGGGAAAUGCGAAAAAUCGCGGUUAUUGAGCUUUUUAGCCUUAAGAAGGUUCAAUCUUUUAGGUACAUUAGAGAAGAAGAGGUCGACUUCUUGGUGAAGAAUCUGACGGAAUCUUGCUUGAAACAAUCUUCCGUGGAUUUAAGCAAAACCUUCUUUUCCCUCACCGCAAGCAUCAUCGGUAGAGUAGCUUUAGGACAGAACUUCCACGAGAGCGGCUUCAUUAUUGAUCAAGAAAGGAUCAAAACGCUUGUUACGGACGCAGUGGAAGCUCUAGGGACUUUCACUUUCUCUGACUUCUUCCAGGGUGGAGUCGGAAGAUUCGUAGACUUUCUGUUUCAACGACACAAGAAGAUCAACAACGUCUUUAAAGAGCUUGAUGCUUUUUAUCAGCAUGUGAUUGAUGAUCACUUGAAGCCAGAAGGAAGGAAAAAUCUGGAUAUCGUUUCCUUGAUGUUGGAUAUGAUCGAUAAACCCGAAAAUACAGAUUCUUUCAAACUCAAUAUGGAUAAUCUCAAGGCAAUCCUCAUGAAUGUGUUUCUUGGCGGGAUAGAUACAAGCUCUAUAAUAAUGAUUUGGGCGAUGACAGAACUUGUUAGAAACCCUAGAGUGAUGAAGAAAGCUCAGGAAGAUAUUCGAACCAUCCUUGGGGCCAAACGGGAAAGAAUAACUGAAGAUGAUCUAAACAAAGUUGAUUACUUAAAGCUCAUAAUCAAGGAAACAUUCAGAUUGCAUCCACCAGUUCCAUUUAUCGUCCCAAGGGAAACAAUGUCUCACAUCAAGAUCAAAGGCUACGAUAUUCCCCCGAGAACGCAAAUCCAAAUUAAUGUAUGGACAAUCGGACGUGACCCCAAGCGUUGGACCGACCCUGAAGAUUUCAUCCCUGAACGGUUUAUUAAUAGUUCUGUAGAUUUUAGAGGACAACAUUUUGACCUAUUACCUUUUGGUUCUGGUCGAAGGAUGUGUCCCGCGAUGCCAAUGGGAGUUGCUACUGUGGAGCUAGGGUUGAUGAAUUUGCUUUACUUCUUCGAUUGGGGAUUGCCAGAUGGGAUGGAAAUUGGAGAAAUUGACAUGGAAGAAUUUGGCAAUCUCACCAUUGUCAAGAAACUACCUCUUCAACUUGUACCCCUCCGACGUUACUGAUGUGGAGUCUAAAAGGCUUGAUAGCAUGGAAAGAUCACGAGCAAGGAACGUAAGGUUCUUAUAGAUAUUGUUGCGUUAUGUAAUAAUUGAUGUUUGAACGAUACUAUAUCAAGAAAUAAUAAAGUUCAGUGUUUUAUUUAGAAAGUUGCGUCAUAGCUGAUGUUUCAUUUUACAUAGUUUUGGAAAACAAGUCAAUUAACAUCAUUUUAAAUGACUUUUCCUUGAGAUUAGAAAAAAAGGUGGCAGGUAUAGGGCAAGAAGGGGAUGUGGAUGUGCCCGUCCCUAAUUUUGUUGUUUUUUCAUAAUAGUUAUUUUCAAUUUUAUUUUGAAUCCAUAUAAACCAAGCAUUAGUUAUAAGAAAAUUAUUAUAAAUCCAUACCAAAACUAGAAUUGACAUCCGCCUUCCAUUUGAAGGUGUAGAGAGAAGGAAAAAAAAUAUUUCUUCACUGAUCUGAUGGAAUCUUAAUGGUAGUGAGCAAAUGAAUAUGUAACCAGUUCAAGAACAUAGGGUGAGGUACAUCAAUUAUUUAUAAUAAAACUAAAAUGUGACAUAUAUAUGAUAUAAAUUUAGCAAUUAAUUCAUAUUGCAAAACUUCAAACAGAAAUAUAAACAAAGUUAACUGUGAUAUUCUUUUAUUUUAAAGAGUUUCACGGUUCAUAAAUAAAUUGGAGAAAUAUGAGAGUUCCGUAUGCAAAAUAAUAAAACACGCACUAAGUGUUAUAAAAGAAAAUAUUUACUCAUUAUUCAAUCAAUUUUAAAAUAAUUACAUUCAAAAUUUUAUAUCAAAUCAAUUAUGUGCACAUUUCAUUUAGAAUAUCUCUUUAACCAAAACAUGAUAACAACACAAUAUAAAAGUUGAAAACAUACAAAACUCUGUGGCUUAGCACUAAUUAUUACCUAGUGUUUAUAAAUGAUUAAAAUAUAAUAAUAAUAGGAAUACAUGUGAACUGUAUAAUCAUGAAUAAGAAGAGCAAGCGGUAAAACGAGUGAGAAAGGAGCGAAACGAGUUUUAAUUUUAAGGAAGCCUAGUCUCCUUCAGACGAGUUGAACGAAAUGGUCUAUUCAAGCUCCUGAGAACGAGCGGAACAGCCUGGUCUUUCAAAUCAAAUAAAUAGUUAACCCACGAUUGACCUUUAUCUUGCCUAUCUCUGUCUCGCAUGAAAAGUCGAAUGCGGGUAAGUCUCCCUCGUGUGAGGAUUGUCAUAAGUUGUGUCUGUCUGCUGUUAAAUGACUUCACUUAAUAGAGUCCUAAGGGCAGUCUCUUUGAGAAGGGGCCAUAUUGGUCAAUAUCUAUUUGUCUUAAUUAUACUUGAGAUGUCCAUAAUUUUUGUAGGUAUUUUGAACUCUAUUGCUGAUGAAGGUGACCUGUUUAUUAGAAGCACAGCAGUUGCAGCAGCAUGGGCACGAAUACUCGUUACUUGCCUUAUACCCGCUACUUGAUCCGUACUCGCCUCAUUUUUUCAAGUAUUCGUUGUUGCCAAGUCAAGUAUCAAGUCGUUGCUACUUGCAAGUACAAAGCAAGUAACAAGUAUCACAAAAAAAAUUACGAGUCGCCUUGAUAUUACUCGUUACUUGUUUUACGACUUAAAAAAUGAUAAUUAAAACAUAAAAACCAAAGCUCUAAACAAAUAUUUCUUUGUUGUAAUAAGUAAACAAUACUUUCUUAUAGAAUUCUAUCUUCUUCUUUUUAUAUUAAGUGCAAAUAUUUUAUUUAAAAUAACUCUCGUGUUUUUACCAAGUCGAGUAAAUAAAAUAAACUUUCAUAACCUUCUCUCGUAAAAUAUUAUCUGUCAAGUAAUUUUUAGAAAUUUGGAAAUAUAUCCAAAUAAUUAAUAAAUACUUGUAAGUAGCAAGUAAUUGAACAAAGCAAGUAACUUGCAAGUAAUAUAUUUUUGAACAAGUACUUGAAAUAACAAGUACUCGUUUCCGACAAGUCAAGUACAAGUCGAAAAAUUCAUUACUCGUUCAAGGCAAAUCAAGUAUCAA